AUGACUUCCAAGGAGGACGGCAAGGCGGCGCCGGGGGAAGAGCGGCGGCGCAGCCCGCUGGAUCACCUGCCGCCGCCCGCCAACUCCAACAAGCCGCUGACUCCGUUCAGCAUCGAGGACAUCCUCAACAAGCCGUCUGUGCGGAGAAGUUACUCGCUGUGCGGGGCGGCGCACCUGCUGGCGGCGGCGGACAAGCACGCGCCGGGCGGCUUGCCCCUGGCGGGCCGCGCGCUGCUCUCGCAGACCUCGCCGCUGUGCGCGCUGGAGGAGCUCGCCAGCAAGACCUUUAAGGGGCUGGAGGUCAGCGUCCUGCAGGCAGCUGAAGGCCGCGACGGGAUGACCAUCUUUGGGCAGCGACAGACCCCUAAGAAGCGGCGAAAGUCUCGAACAGCCUUCACCAACCACCAGAUCUACGAGUUGGAGAAGCGUUUCCUCUACCAGAAGUACCUGUCCCCCGCCGAUCGCGACCAAAUCGCGCAGCAGCUGGGCCUCACCAACGCUCAGGUCAUCACCUGGUUCCAGAAUCGGCGCGCCAAGCUCAAGCGGGACCUGGAGGAGAUGAAGGCCGACGUGGAGUCCGCCAAGAAACUGGGCCCCAGCGGGCAGAUGGACAUCGUGGCGCUGGCCGAACUCGAGCAGAACUCGGAGGCCGCGGGCGGCGGUGGCGGCGGCUGCGGCAGGGCCAAGUCUAGGCCUGGCUCUCCGGCGCUCCCUCCAGGCGCCCCGCAGGCCCCGGGCGCCGGGCCCCUGCAGCUCUCGCCCGCCUCCCCGCUCACGGACCAGCCGGCCAGCAGCCAGGACUGCUCAGAGGACGAGGAAGACGAAGAGAUCGACGUGGACGAUUGA